GACGUCCCCCUCGCCCCCUCCAGCAAGAACGGCCUUUGCUUCUGCCCUGCCCUCUUGUUGAUGGGAAAACGUGUCCGUCCCAGGCCAAAAACACGGCAACAGCUUUCCUUACAAGGAAUUUGGCUGGAGCUCAGCUGGCAAAGAUUGGCAGGGAAGGGACUUCUCACUUCUCUGCCUCAUUCAUUCAAGUCAGAUCCAGGCGACCAGCAGCUGUCCAGAGCGAGCGGUUGCCUCUCCGUUCCCAGCCGCAGAGACCUGGCUUCAGGCUGGCUUCUUCCCCCACCUCGGUCACCAGAGCUUUAAAAGGAAUGGUCUGGCAGCAUGACACAAACUAGCCUGGAUGGAGGGACGUCUAACCUGGCUUGAAUUUCUCCAGCGGUCUUCGAUGGGGCUCCUAUUAUAACCUGAAGAGUUGAAAGAUGUCUUCCAUGUUUGGCAAACCUCGGGCUGUCCCCUGGGCGAAUGAACGCCAUAUCCCAAGCCUUCUGCAGGAAUGCAAUGUGGCCAUUCUGGGCUGCCAAGGAUCUGGGAAAUCAGCACUAACGGUGAAGUUUCUUACCAAGAGGUUUAUAAGCGAAUACGACCCUAAUCUGGAAGACACUUACGCUUCGGAAGAGAUAGUAGACCAGCAACAUGUCUUGCUCAAGGUGAUGGAUACAGCCGAUCAGGACAUACCAGUGGGCUGUGAGAGGUAUCUGAACUGGGCCCAUGCCUUUCUAGUAGUCUACAGCAUAGACAACCGGAAGAGUUUUGAAGGAUGUCAGCAGUACCUGGAUCUCAUUGCUCUCCACCUGAAGAACAUAUUCCAUGAAUCUCCAGUUCUCCUGGUAGGGAACAAGCUGGAUAUGGAACAGUACAGACAGGUCACUAAAGUCGAGGGGAUGUCUCUUGCCACCAAGUAUGGCUCCUCCUUCCACGAAGUCUCGGCAUGCCUGGAUUUCGAAUCUGUGCAGCACAUUUUCCACGAGGCAGUCCGGGAAGCGAGACGGGAGGUGGAGAGACCUCUGGCAGUCCGGCCCUUGUUCAUCAUUGAGGAGAAGCCCUCAGCUCACCUGGUCCCAACCGCCACCAUUGCCUCCACCUACAACUCGCUCUCCACAGUCAACUUCAAAGAGGUCCCUUCAGUUGCCCGGGCCAAGCUGGUCACGGUCAAAUCCUCACGAGCUCAAAGCAAGAGGAAGGCUCCAGCGUUGACUUUGCUGAAGGGGUUUAAGAUAUUCUAAGCAGGGAUUCUGCAGAACAGGGAACAGAGUUAUUGUUGGGAUGGGUUGGAUCCCCAAGCAAUGAUGGGGCCAGAUUUGCAUAUCCAUCUCCUGGCCUUUCCUGCAGUCCAAGUGGCUGGGUAAGAAUGCAGCAAAGCAUUUUGGGAAAAGACCAUGACUUGACAGUGGACAAACUAUGGAUGGAACCACCAGGUGGAGAAGGUGGUUCUAAACCUUUUUCUUGGUCAUAAACAUCUGACGGACCCUGCCACACGCUGCUUGAGCAAUCGAUGGAAGAAUCCCAUGGAAAGAGUUUGCUCUUGAAGUCUUUUCUUGGGACUGAAUAGAGAUUUGGGAAGACAGAGAGGCUACAACCAGCCAAAGAAAGGAUUCUACCAUGAGAAGACAUAGAACAUAGAAUAUCAGAAUUGGAAGGGAUCUUGGAGGUCUUCUAGUCCAACCCCCUGCUCAAGCAGGAGACCAUACACCAUUCCAGACAAGUGGCUGUCCAGUCUCUUCUUAAAAGCCUCCAGUGAUGGAGGACCCACAACUUCUGUUCCACUGGUUGAUUGUUCUCACUGUCAGGAAAUUUCUCCUGAGUUCUAUGUUGCUUGUCUCUUUGAUUAGCUUCUAUUUGUUCUUUCUUUGGAAUUCUGGACAUUUGGAAAUGUGGACAUUCAUACCCAACCCAUGUUUUCCACGUCCCUAAGUGGUUAAGAAAACCACACUCCACGUCAUGCUUUCACCAACAUUCCUUUCUUAAUUUCUAGUUUAAGUUCUCUUCCAAAAGUAACAGAAAGAUAGUUGGAAAAACAAAACCACAGAGUUUUGUUCAACCCGCGGAUGAAAUAAUAUAUGGCCCUUAUCUUUCCCCCUCCGCUUUGAUGAGCAUUUUGUAGAAAUAAAACAAAGGCAGGACAAUAGGGGAAAGAACAAAAUCGACAAAUGGACAUGGAAGCAUCAGCAAGACACAGCCAGAGAAUGUGACUGGGAGCACCAAUAAGGGGUUUUAUGACGAUCCCCUUGCAUUGACAAAAUGUAGAUUGUGUAGAUGCACAGUGCUCUCUAGCGUUCCUGGAGAGCUAAUGAAACUUUUUUCAGUCCUUUGUCCUUUAGGCUAAUUUCUCCUAAUCAACUCAAAUUGAUUAGUCCUAAUCAUUUGUCCUAAUCAACACGAGAAGAAAGUUCCUGCACUGAAUCAAGAUCCAUGGUCAGGCAUGGGGUUCACCAUUAUGGUGCCCACCAUGUCUUGGGCACAGCAAGCUCAGUUCCCCCUGCCAAUCUUAAGACAAUGCCUCUGAACCCCAAAUCUCACCCCUGCAUACCAACUGCCAAGCAUCCUUAUUUUUGUGUUAAAUGCUAACCAGGCCCCAGCUAAUUAAACAAACCCUAUCUAAAA